AUGUCGGUUUGGUCUGAAAAGGAUGCUGGGAUCCGCCGGCUGGCAGCCGGGCAGCAUAGCAGCAGCGGCCAGCGCAAGCCCUGGGAGGCCAGCCUCCGCACCUUGGUGAACAUGGAUGUGCUGCGGCACCAGGUCAUGAUCAACCAGUUCGUGCUGGCUGCAGGCUGCGCAGCCGACCAGGCGAAGCAGCUGCUGCAGGUGGCCCACUGGCAGUUCGAGACCGCUCUGAGCAUGUUUUUCCAGGAGACCAACAUUCCCAACAGUCACCACCACCACCAGAUGAUGUGUACUCCCAGCAACACACCUGUCACGCCACCCAACUUCCCCAAUGCACUGGCCAUGUUCUCCAAGCAUCAAGCUUCUGAAGGCCUACAGAGCAGCAACAGCCCUAUGACAGCUGUGGCCUGCUCCCCUCCUGCAAACUUCAGCCCUUUCUGGGCCUCAUCCCCACCUAGCCACCAGGCACCCUGGCUCCCGCCCUCCUCCCCAACCACCUUCCACCACCUCCACUGCCCACAGCCCAUGUGGCCCCCUGGAGUGCAGCAAGGGGGUGCCCAGCAGAAAGCCAUGGCAGCUGUGGAUGGCCAGAGAUGAGACUGGGUGCUGCUAGGCACCAGGCUGGAGC